GUAACCUGAGAGCAGCAGCAGUAGAGGAGGAGGUUUUAUUAUUAGCAGCCAAAAAGCUGAAGCGCGGCACUUGAGACAUCCAGAUGUUGCGUUUGAGGCACCGAGAGAGGAGUCGGGAGAGUACAACUGUUUCCACACUGAAACUAACUCUCACACAUUAGUGUUCCUGUUCACCAGCAGCAGUGAUGGAGGCUGGCCGGCUGCACUAGAAGAGGAGAAGAGAGGCUGCUUUUGAAACAUUUCCACGCCACUUUGUAUCUGUUUGGGACAAAGAGGACAUUGUGGAGGACACUGAGGAGGACGUGAAGCGGCUACAACAACUAAAACUGCGCAGUUUGGACGUUUAAAGCUGAGUGAAAUGUUCGUGUUGGAGUUAAAUAGUCCCUCAGGCUGACUCUGUCGCUGAAAUAACGUGUUAAUAUUUCAUAUUGAGUGUGUUUUGUGGGACAUCAUCAUCAUGUCUGUCCUCUACUGGCUCCUGUGCACCGGGCUGUUCUCGCUGCCGACGUGCGGAGCGUUUUUCCGCGGACCGCUCCAACCGGAGAUGUCUAACGGGACCUUCCACCACUACUUCGUGCCGGACGGAGACUACGAGGACAACGACGACCCGGAGCAUUGCCAGAUGCUCUUCAAGAUGACCGACGAGCGAAAGUGCGGUUUGGCCGAGGACCAGGACGCCGUGAUCCGGGACGACUUCACCAUCAUCAAGCGGCAGAUCGAGGACUCGGCCCGGGUGCUGGAGGGCAUCGGUAAGAGCAUCUCCUACGACCUGGACGGAGAGGACAACUACGGCCGGUACCUGCGGAGGGAGACGGCGCAGAUCGGAGAGGCGUUCACGAACUCUGAGAAGUCUCUGCUGGAGCUGGAGGUGAAGUUCAAGCAGAGCCAGGACAGCGAGCUGAAGGAGGAGCACCGGCUCAACGACGACUUCCUCAACAUGGUAGUGCACACCAGGGACGUCCUGAAGGACACGCUGGACAUCUCUCUGGGACUGAAGGACAAACACGAGCUGCUGUCUCUGAUCAUCCGCAGCCACGGCACGAGGCUGAGCAGGCUGAAGAACGAGUACAUGAAGUUCUGAGAGAGAAAGUAGUCCCUACAGGUCUCACUACAGUAGUAGUAGUAUGUUAUUGUUUUAUAUGGUGACCACGAGGCAGAGGCAGAGCAGUCAUAUCAGGGAUAAAAACAAAACUUAAAGGGUCAGUUCACCUAAAUUACAAAAUAACAUAUUUUUCUCGCUUAAUUCAAGCGCAGUGGUUCCCUACUUGGAUUCCCUCUAAUUGGUCAGGAGAUGGUCGAUAUAUAUCUUCAGUCUCAAGGCGAUUAAUGUGAUAGGAAAUAAGAAAAAAAACUAUUGUAAGCUUAUUUUCGGACUUAUUUUAUCUAAGCUUUUUUUUUCUUGUGAAAUACUCGACAGUUCACCUUUUCUGUUGCUGAAAAUUAUUCAAAUUAAACAAUCUGCUCACAACUCAUAGUCAUAAGCGACCCUUGAUGAGGGGUUGCGGGUACACACUGCUUCACUUUAAAGUAUCAGAAAUACAUUUUUAAAAAAAAAGGUAGGGAUCCACUGCUCUAGAGGUAGACUAUGUAGUCAUGCAUAUUGUUUUGGUUGAAUUUGCCCGGGUUUUGUGAUAUGUCUCCUGGAUUACCAAAAGGGCAACUGCCCCGAGACCCCCAAAAGCCUCCCAUAUUCACUGCGUGUCAAUUGUGAUUUGGUUAUUUGUAAAUUGUGUUGCAGAUAUAGGCUACUAAAGUACAAUAUCAACAAUGAUGGGUUUCCUACAUUAUUACCUGAUCUCACGGUCCUGUUUUGUAAAGGGGUCGUGUGUCAGCAUCUGUUAUUUUUAGUUUAUAUUGUGCUCAUUUGGUCCACUUUCCUAAAUGAAGUUGUGCUCCAAAUAAUAAAAAUAUAAUAUUGUGAGAGAAACAAAGUAUAUUCCAUUUACAUCCGUUCCAUUCAUGGCAGAAAUCUCUGUGAGGGCUGAUAUAAAAACCUGGGCAUAUACAACCAAAACUAUCUCCAUUGCUAGGAACUGCUAAGAAAAUGUGUUGUUUUGAGCUUUUAAAAAGUCUGGUGGACUGUAUCUGACACCAACAAGCUUACUUUCUAUAAAAAGACUGAGGAGUGGGCAAUGAUACCUCUUUCACAGUAUAUGCAAUUUUAUAUGACAAUAUUAUGAUACAUUUUCUGGAAAAAGCCAACUGAGAAAAUGUUAAGGGAUACAAUAACCAGAAAGGAAUGACUGUUUUUGGCUGACCCAGCAAACUAAAUUCCUAACGAAGUACUGCAUCAUAUUGAUGCAAAAGAUCAUAUAAAAAUCCAAUAUUGCCAUAAAGUGGUCCCAAUGCACCCAGAGAUAUUAAAGAGCCACCGAGGUAUAAACAGUAAAAUCACUAGACAAAUAUAUAUCAUCUGAAUGUGUAAAUCGUCAUAUUGCCCACUCCUAGAGCCCAUUGUAAUGGUCAUUACGCACCAUAAAACACACUAUAGUAGUUAAAUAUUUUUAUUGAAAAAUGGCUAAAGAGUAAUUAAAGUAAUAUUUUAUAAGAAAUGAUGUAUGGCACUAUCCGUCCGUUGGUCACUUUUGGUAAGUGCGUUAAAUUUACCCGUAAACAGUCGCAGGUUUGUGCGUGUGUGUGUGUUUGUAAGUGUGUGUGUAAAACAACGACUUCAAAUAUGAGUCAGCCAAUCCAAAAAAGUGAGAACAGGAACUAUCAGUUUUCAUAACACUAGUACUGUAGUCAGAUGAAUGGUUUUCCAAACUCAUUCAGUACUCUGUGACCUAAAAAACGGAGUGAGGAGUGAGUUUUGGAGCGAUUCAUUUGAGGAUUAAGUAACAUUUUGGACACGCUGGACAGCCUAUGUGUCAGUGUUCAUAUCCACUAGUGACUGCUAUGUGUUAGGUUUGAGUUUGACCCAAAAGUUGGAUAAAUGAGUUUUUUGAAUGAACUCGUCACAUAGCAGUAAAGCAGGGGUGGACCUCAUAUAGUAGCCUGGUUGAAAACUCCUACAGUAACAAGAGCAGCUGUUAUUGUUGCUCUCUUAUGACACUCCAGAUGAAUGUUUCUAAGAAUAUCCAAGAAUGUUUACAUAUGGACACCAAGGUUGUAUUUUUUUUUCUUUAUAGGAUAUAGCAGACUUUGCACAAUACUUUUCCGGUGCUAAAGGUUGUGACAUGAUUUUUAAAUACAAGACCGUUACUGUGCUGUUCUGCACAGGCAGUAUAAUCUUGGAAAAUGUACAGUGUAUUAUUAGAAGUAAGUAAAUACUGUGAGUGCCAAUAUCUUUAUUACAAAAUACCUUAACAUGUAUUCAUUGUUUAUAUAAAGUUUUGAAAUAGAGCUGCAUAUAUAUAUUCUUGUUUACCUUGUUAAGAUGCGUGGUGAGAUGUAAUACCCUGACGGAUAAGACUGCAGGCAGCACUCGUGGACUUCAAUGUCAAACACCAAUCUGUGCGACAAUAUUCUUAAUGGAUUGUGGUGUCUUCUUAAAUAAAGAGUUUGUGUUUGAA